GGUAAACUCAUUUCAUGUUUUUUUAUAAAAACGAUAGAGUAUAGUACAGUUUAAGUGAAAGAUCUGACAAGUAUAUUAUUCGCUUCUAUCGCGACAUUCUAGCUAGAAAAAUCCAAAUGUUGAAGUUACCUUACAAGUUUACAUCAGAACAAAUUGUAAAAGAAGGUCGUACAUCGUUUGAGAACAUCGAGGUGGUAAAAAGAUGGCUUGAUAGUGUGGAUGAUCAAAAUAUACCGGUGAUACAAGAUGAGUUAAUCGUUAUAUUUCUACUUUCGUGUGAUAAUGAUAUUCCUUUGACGAAAAAAACGAUAAAAAUGUACUACCAAUGCAAAAAACAAGCACCGGAUAUAUUCGAUGACAAGGAUAUGAGCAGGAGUGACUUGCAAAAAGGACUUAAUACAGUUCAUAUGUCUAGCAUCCCAGUAAGAACAGAAGAAAACUAUGUAGUUCAUUUUUUCAAAUUAAACGAUCCUAGUUAUUCCAAUUUUGACUUAGUUCCAAUAAUGAAGCUUUCUUACAUGUUAUUAGACAUUACCCAAGAGGAAAAUUUACCUAAUGGGUUGAUUGCAGUGAUAGACAUGAGAGGUUUUAGUCUGAUGCACCUAACCCGAUUAAAACUAACAGCUAUAAAGAAUUAUCUACAAUUUUUACAAGAAGGCAUUCCUCUGCAGUUGAAGGUGAUUCACGUACUGAAUGCUGUCUAUUUCUUCGACAAAAUUAUGAAUAUCAUCAAGGUUUUUAUGAAAACCGAACUUAUAAACAUGAUUAAGGUGCAUCCUCCAAACAUAGAAAGCGAAAAAUUAUUUUCUUUGAUACCUAAACAAUGUUUGCCUGAAGAGUAUGGUGGAGAUUUACCUUCGAUAGAAGUUUUACAUGAAAAAACUGUUAAACAAUAUACAGAGAAACAGGAUUUUUGGAAACUUGAAGAAAAAAUGAGAAAAAACAAUAAUUGAUCGUAUCAAAUUGUAUGUUAUUUUGUUUAAUAUUAGUUUAUUGUUGUUACCAAAAUUUUUUUAAAUAAAUAUAUUGUAAAAGUUU